CCCCAUUUCUUCUUCGCUGACGUCCUGGUUCAAUCGCAAGCCCGCCAUCAUGAAAUUCACUUUGUGUUCGGCCAUUGUCGUGGUCUUAUUCUGUGUAGUCUCCGCCAAUGUCACGAUCCCAUUGAGGUCUAAGAGGCGGCUCGUAGAAGAAUACAUAAAUACUGAAUACGUCGGAAAUAUAAGGCUUGGCACGCAAAGUUUCGAAGUCGUUUUUGACACUUCAUCUUACAACGUCAUUGUUGCUGAUGAGACCUGCAUAAGCGGAGGAUGCCAAUGUGCAGGCAUCGCUAAGUACCAGGUAACCAAGUCCACUAGACUUGGACCAUCCAAUGAAGUAGUCAAUGUCAGAAUACUUGAUACAGCCCAUGCCACUGGGAAAGAAGCUCACGACAAUAUCACUAUCAGUACGCUCAAUGCGCCGGAACAAGGGUUUGUACUGGCUACGGACAUCUCAUCCGAGAUCUGCUUCUUGGACGCUGAUGGUGUUGCAGGACUGGGUCGACCAAAAUCAAAAAGAGCUGCAUUUAAUCUGCCCACAGUGCUCGAAACAUUCGUCAGUCGAGGAGAAAUUGAAGGUGUCUUCUCAAUUUAUCACGCCAGACGUCCUGAUGGGGAAUACGUCGGAGAAAUCAUCUUCGGAGGCGUGUUCCAGAGACACUACAAAGGAAAACUCACAUACGUGCCACUGAUUGAUUCGAGUACAUGGAACUUCAAGUUGGACUCCCUGCAAGUCGGCAAUGAAGUAGUCGUCAACAACACGAGGGGUUUCAUUGACUCGAGCAAAUCUGUCAUCGUUGGACCAACUGCAGAAAUUAACAAGAUAAACGAAAAACUGGGGUGUACGAAGGGGCUCCAAGGUUCCUCAAACAUAUGCAAGUUCAACUGCAGCGAGAUUGAGUCUCUACCAGACGUGACCUUAGUAAUUGGCGGUAGACAUUUCAACAUCAGUGCAGAAUACCAUGUUCAGCAACAAGGUUCUUUGUGCUAUUCCGGUUUCUCUCCUUCUGACCAUGCGACUGUUUUCCAAAUAGGAGAUUUCUUUAUUGAUCAUUUUAUAUCUGUAUUCGACUCAACAAAAAACCGUAUGGGUUUCGCAAUAUCUACAGGAAGUCUGUAAACAAGAACAAGUCUGGCGAGAAAUUCGGACACCGCAUCAGAAAAGAAAACUGCGAAAUCAUCUCCAAGAACAUAUUUCUAACUGGAAACAAAAAUGUAUUUCUAUUGUUAGUUCAAAUAUGUGUUUUACUCAAUUCAGAAAAUUAUGUAGCCCGAUUAGAAGUCAUGUAUUCGAUAAUUUAAACGUAUUCAAGUGUGUUUUAAUUAUAUUCCAAUCAAGAAAUACCUUACUUCUCUUGCACUAAAUUGCACGUUUAAAUAUGCAUAUAAAUUGCUGUAUACAACUGUGUUCUGUGAUUUAGUUCCUUGUAAUAAAGAUAAAUAAAAUGCAUGUGGGCUUCUUCUUUGGGUUAA